UGCAUUUAUGUCUACUUUUUGUUAGCUCUCAACAGACGUCAAAUAAGCCGGCGAUACUUCAAACGGCCCCUCGUAUCCAUCGUUCCCCUUAUAUCAAAUCAUCUUCCGUUCCAUCAAACGGAUGAACUAUCCAUCUCUGAUCCACCAGCCUUCAAAGAUAGUCCUUUAGUUAUCUAUCAUUUCGCCCUUGAUAAAACACCUCGAGUUGAUAGAAGCACUGUUUGCCGACUACCACCAUUACAUUUUGACAUAAGCUCUUCUCAGUCACAGAUUUCUGACGUAUUUCCAAUUUCCAAACCUGCUCAUUUACAUACUACAUCCUUACCUCUAUUAGCUAAACAAAGUGAAGGUGAUACAUUCCAAAUUCUCGAUACUGGAACACAUAAUAAUAGUACUGAAGGAAUGGAUGGCGUUGCUGUGGGAGCUGCAACUUGUCUUCUAGCUUCAAGAAGACGUCUAAAACCUCCUAAUGGAAUGCUCAAUGCUGACCAGGCUGCCAUCUCAAAAGCGAAAGCCAUUGCAGAUGAAGCGAUUAAGAAAAACAAGGUUUUUGCUGUACUUGGACCCUAUCGGCACAUUCGAGAAGGACUGCGCCGUCGAGGUUGGGUGGAAAAAUUUUACAGAGCACCUAUUGUAAUAACCGGUGGCACAAUGCCAAAUACAGGCAAUAUCCACGCAAAAACUUCAGAAAACUCCUCUAAAAAUUUGGAUAUGGCUAAUAGCGAUGUAGAUUAUGGUGUUAUUCAGGAAGAGGAUCUUCCACAUUCCGCAAAUGGUGACUCCUUUGAAAAGGAUUCGCAAGCGAUUUCUGUGCACAGGUGGUUUGUUGGUUAUAGACGAGCCAUAGCUUACGAGAUUAACUCUUGCCUAUAUGCCUCCAGUGAUGAUCGUAGUCCACUGGAAUUGGAAAUUCUGGUCGAUAGCAGGCGCUUAUUACCCUGGGAAGAGAGGAAUGGCUUCUAUGGACUUUUGGGAAAAAAUGUGAAAGACGCCGUGCCGAAUUUUAUCUGGUCACUAAAGAAGGCCCAUAUUGAUUUUCGCUACCUCCGACCCGAUCAAAUUGUCAAUCAUCACGUCAAGACGCCCUUCACCACUAAAAUUGUUAUUCAUAUUUUAGAUCCGGAUGCCCCUGUCAAACAUGAGGGAAUUGGAAGAAAGACAUUUAAUCUGUCUCUCAACAGGGCUAUUUCCAUGGCGUUAAUGAUGUGUAAAAGCUACUUGAAAUGCCGAAGGAAGGAUGCAUCCGCUCGUGUAGGUCAGAGGUACUAA